AUGCCCAGCUACCGUAUUCUAGCCCUGCUGCUCUUCAUCCUCACCAGCCACGCCGUCGUGGGCAAGGAGAGGAACCCAUUCCCUUCUCCCCUCGCUCAGACGCCGAUCUAUAGCAGCUCGGCUCAGAACCCAACGGAAAAGCCUUGGCGCUGCAACUACAAGCUGGUGCUCAGUGAUCUAGUGUUGGUCUCGCUCUUCAUCACCGCCGUUGCUGCCUACCUAUUUCAGCGGACGACCGAUGCCUGGCCAAUUUGGUGGUACUGCUUGGGAGCGGCGGCUGCGAUUGCUGUGGUCCGAUGGGUUAUCCGUCCCAUCUUCCUGUGGUGGACCCGGCCGAUAGUCACCUUUCGGCGGAAACACAAGGAUGGUAGCUACACCGAACACGCCUUGACCUUGGCAAACGUAAGACGGAUGCAGGAGGAAUUGAAAGCCGAGAGGGCGGAGAAGACGCGCAUUCGACGUCUACGAUGGAAGCGA